GCGCCACACCGGGAAAAGUUUACCUGCAACUGUCACAGUCGACUUUACGGGGGAAGAAACAGCAGAGAUGGCAACUCAAGCACAGCAGCCGCCCCACCUGCACCUGGCUGAGCUCACCGCGGCGCAGUUCAUCGACAUCUGGAAACAUUUUGAUGCAGACGGAAAUGGUUACAUCGAAGGGAAGGAGCUGGAGAACUUCUUCAGAGAGCUGGAGACUGCGAGACAUGGCGCAGGCGUGGAUCCUUCACAUGCUACUUUCAAAGAAAAGAUGAAGGAGUUCAUGGCCAACUUUGACAAAAACACUGAUGGGAGAAUUGAAAUGUCGGAGUUGGCUCAGAUUCUGCCCACAGAGGAAAACUUCCUGCUGUGUUUCAGAGAGUUUGUGGGAUCCAGUGCUGAGUUCAUGGCAGCCUGGAGGAGGUAUGACACUGACCGUAGUGGAUAUAUUGAAUCAAAUGAGCUCAAGGGUUUCCUGUCUGACCUGCUGAAGAAAGCUAACAGGAACUACGAUGACAAGAAGCUCAAUGAGUACACGCAGACAAUUCUAAGGAUGUUUGAUCUUAAUGGUGAUGGUAAACUAGGCCUCUCUGAGAUGGCAAGGCUCUUGCCAGUGCAGGAAAAUUUCCUGCUGAAGUUCCAGUGCAUCAGGCUCACAGUUAAAGAAUUUGACUCCCUCUUCACCUUCUAUGACAAGGAUGGUAAUGGGUAUAUUGAUGAGCAGGAGCUGGAUGCUUUGCUGAAGGACCUCUGUGACAAGAACAAAAUGGACGUGGACUCAGCAGGACUGGUGGGGUACAAGAAGAGCAUCAUGGCGCUGUCUGACGGAGGGAAACUGUACCGCACUGAGCUGGAGAUCGUCCUCUGCCGGGACUCCACACUGUGACCUCCCUGCCUGGGACCCUGUUGUCCUCCCCUCACUGUCUCCUCCUUCCUACCUCCUGAUGUAACCUGGUGCAUGUGUGACCCUUAACCUCGCUCCACCACUUAGAGUGAAAACAAAAGUGCUUCUGAAAGCACAAAGUUUACUGCUGGCCCUGCUGUUUUAGCUUUAUAACUCUCUGAGUUUUUUUUUUUUUUUUCUUUCUUUUUUUAACUUUAGGUGCAGUCCCAUAGUGAGAUAGCCAUAGCAAUGACUAGCGGAAUAUGUUGGGUAUUCAUUUAUUUUACUUCCCAUUUUUAAUAUGCAUUUGUAUUUUUACAGUCAUAUCAUAUCUAUAUAUGUUCUUCUCCCACUGAAUUUAAAAUGGAUACCUCUGUUCUGUAGCAUCUGUUCAUUUAUUUUUAUUUGAUUUAAUAUAAUCUUGUUUUAUUUGAUGAGGCUUGAAAUGCUCUAUUAAAGAUAUUA